GGCAUUUUCAUCAUGACAUCAUGACAAACGCACAUCGACAACGUUCCUUCGUAAUAAUCAGACCGCGUUAGCGUCGCGCAAAGCACGUAUGUACACUCCGAAGACCAUGUCAGGCAACAUCGUUGCUGAAUGGUUGAAAUCUCUUCACCUCGGUCAAUACGCCGAAAGUUUCAUAGACAACGGUUACGACGAUUUAGAAAUAUGCAAACAGGUCGGUGAUCCCGAUCUAGACGCUAUCGGAGUGUUUAAUCAAGUGCAUCGCAACAGAUUAUUACAAUCCGUACGAACCCUCCGCGAAGAAGGUGCCGCGUCAGUUUAUUUCACUCUAGAAGAAAGUGCAGGUGUUCACGACGAGUGUUUUUGUGACAAUGUGAGUGCCAGAUCAUCUAGAACGUCUUCCGGUAGAUCCGAAAAAGAUACCCAAAGAGUUAACGCGAGUCCGGGAGCUAGUUCGUCAACGGAAAGCAAUCAAGAAGUCGCUAAAUAUUUAGACGAAUACGAAGAAGGUAAAGCCGAGUUAGUGAAAAUACCUAGAUUGCAAUUGAAAGUGUUAUUAAGGGAGAAAUUAAGUCAGGACGGUAUUCGAUUAAGUUCGCAACCGUAUUCAACACAGGAAGGCGAGCGAGGUUAUUUAGAAGGUCUCGCCUCUAGGUACGCCGAUUUAUUUAGUACUCAUUACGUUGACGUUUUGGGACAUCUAGAAGAUUUGCGAAGAAUAGAAUGGGCGGAAAUGUCACCGAAAGAUAGAAAAGUCACGACACCGAGUACACCACCUACUAAUUACAGUCCAACGACAGGUAGAGGUACCCCGGUAUCCGCACCUCUAACUACUUCGCUUUCUCAACCUAUAUAUGUACCUGGAAAGUAUUCGCCGUCUAGUUGUUUGAGCGACAAAGAAGAAGACGAAAUAUACGGAUUUGGUUACGGGGUAUUCGCAGCUCACAUAGCUAGACAACAACAACAACGAAUUCUAGGUCAACAACAUAAUCAACACGUAGCCGGUCAUCAGCAACAACACAACUACCAAACAUGUCUGAGUCCUAGAUCAGCUUAUUUUUAUGAAUUUCCACCAAACGAUCAAAAUUAUACCAACACCAACAAAAAACGAACGACUUUUUCUAGGUUUCUUCGCGGUCUCAAAACGUCACAUAGAAAAGAAAAACACGGAGGCAGCUCUCCGAGGCAUGGGCGUGCCGCAGCUACAGCCAGAGGCGUCCCGCAACGGGUUGAUACGCCGGAUAGCGUCCUCCAAAGCGGUUUGGGUCUAACGGAUCUAGGUCAGCACGCGGUUCUGCGUUCCAUGGUAGAUCCCAGAGAUUACGACAGACUCAGAAAUUUACAAUUGAACGGCGGUACACCGAAUACUUUCGAAGAAACAAUAUACAAGCUUAAACUCCAAGAAGCGAUGAAGAAACGCGAAAAGUUUACAAAAGAACAUGAAGAGAUAUUAAGGGAUAUCAAACAGGGUUUGCUACAACUAGGUAAAGAAGGUAUCAGAGGACCGUUAUCGGGAGUUUUCGUUAUUGCAGACGAUACUUAUAUGUACGACGAAGACGUCCGCAUGUUAGCUCCAAUGUCCCAUUACGCCGAUCCCCUUAAUCGUCCAGCCCAUUGGUACGACGAACCCCCUUACGAAUCGGAUCCCGAGGAUUUUUUAAUGGGUUGCAACGAAGGAUCUUCGGCUACCAUCCAAAACGGUAGGGUGUGUUUCACGUUAAAUACCAGACAAGAUACCCGAGGAGAAGGUGUUAUAUCUUUGAGGAGCGCUGGUGAUAUAUCACUUCCUAGAGAUUCUCAAGCCGUUGGAGGAAUCGCGCCUAGAAGAGGAUUAAUUCUACCGUCUCAAGCCGGUUACCCACCGGCUAUUAUACCUUUAAGAUCGUGCAGGGAUGUGGAAAGUGGUGAUUACGCCGGUUCUGAUGUACAAAGUGUUGGUUCGAGAUUAUCAACUCUCUCUGUCGAUACCAGUAAAUCCGAUCAUCAAGAUUUGGGGCAAAUCGUUUCGCCGCAAUUUUAUACGCAAUUGGAAGGUAAAAUUAGGCAUUUUAGGAAAAUUAGCGGGUAUUGUAGGAGCGAAGAUGGAAUGUCGCCAAAUCAGAGUUCGGAUUACGAAGACCAAGAAGAUUUUAGUAAUUGUAGCCAGCAGAUUGCGACCGUGCAUGUGUCAAGCGAUGGUAGAUCUGCUGGAGUUUCCGGUUUGGUGGGUAAAGUUAGAGGACUUCGGGAGGACGUCCAAAGAAAAAUUUCGAAAUUAAAAAACGAUGCAUCCGAACAACAACGUGUUCCCGAACAACAAUUUCAAUGUUCUGCCAGUUCCGUAGAAAGUUUACCCAGUGGAUCAGGUUCCAGUACGCAAGCGUUGGUAAGAGCGGGUAGCAAUCACAGCUCUAUAUCUACGGAAGAACCGGAACCGAGUCCGACAGAUCAAAUAGUAGGAAGGGCGAGGGCAUUGGUAGAUCAAACUCCGAGCCCGUACGAUACGGAAGUAUUAAAAUUUAAGGCUGGUGAUAUAAUAGAUAUAGUUUCGAUGAAUCCGAGCGGACAGUGGAAGGGUAUAUGUAAAGGGAAAAAGGGCACUUUUAAAUUUAUUAACGUGGAACUUUUAUCGGAACGCGCCGUCAAGUCGAAGCGGGAUAUCAAAUGGCAUCGGAACAUCAAAGGAAAACCGAUUUCUGUUGAGGAUCUUUUGAAGAAAAUCGGUUUGCACGAUUAUAUAUCUGUGUUUAUAUUGAACGGUUACGAAGAUUUGGAAUUGUUCAAAGAAUUAGAACCGAGUGAUCUGGAUUAUUUGGGGAUCGUCAAUACAGAUCACAGGGCGAAACUUUUGACCGCCGUACAGCUUUUGCACGAACUCGAUUCAGGUAGCGAAGGCGACGUUGCCGGCUCGAGUAGCGAAUGCGACGAACAUAGAGCUCUAACUAGAGACAUCGGUAACAAUUCCCCUUUCGGUAGACGACAAUUUCUCCGCGAUUCGGGUUGUUACGACGCCCCCGUUAAAAGUAAACGUCAAAUUCCGCAACAUAUCUCCCCGCAGGGCGAAUCAGAUACCAGCGAUAGUACAGGUUUCAGCGACAACAAAAACAACUUGGAUUCGGUGGUCGAGCAAUGCAACAACGAAAUCCUGGCGCGCGUCAAACAGGCUCAGAAAAAUUUGAUCAAUCUCAAAGAGGAACUGACGUAUCAACCGAACAUACCGAAUUCGACGAGCAUCGAAUUGCAGCUGCUGCAACAGAAAAAACCGAAAGAUUCUUACGUAAGUGUCCAUGGACAAACUUCUUUAAUAGAUCCUUGCGGGAAAACGGCCGCUGGCGGCCGGCAAACCGGCGUCGGUGCUGCUAGAAAAAAUUUCGAAGAUUCCGAAGAUACGACGACGAAGUUGCCGUCGGAUAAAUACGUCCAAAGCGGAACGGGCAACAGCGACGUAGGCCUGGAAUCUAACACCUCAAAUAUAUUGGGAAGGAGUUGUUUGAGCGAAAAAUCUAGCGAUUCCGGCGUCAGUAGCAGCUCCUUAUCGUCUUCUAACACCAAAGAAACGCCUCGUGCCGUCCUAACCAUAAACGACAACGCCACCGCCCACUUUAAAAAAACAUAACCUCAACGUAUAUUAUUAUUUCGAAAUUUGUUCCAGAAA